ACUGACCCUAUAUUCCUUGCGACUGCAGCAACCCUUAUAACCGGCCGCUGAUCAUCCCCCACCUACCUCACGCCGAUCCAUCUCCAGCUCCUCCACCACCUGACCCCUCGCACGCUCGCCGCCAUUCGUCUGCGGUCUUUCAGACCACACGACUGAUUGCGAGGCGUGCUCAUCAACGGUCAUUACCACACCCAUUGCCUGUGCCAUGGCAUUCCAACAGCCGCAGCAGCGGCCGCAGCUUCCGCGCCACCCCUCCCCCUACAAUCAGACUACCGAAACACCCGCCACUGCUUCCCCCAUCCACAAGCGCACCGUCGAGGAGUCGCAGGAAUGGAUCCUCUUCUCUCCUGCGCAGCAUGAGCAACAAUCGUCACAUACCUCUCAAACCCCGCGAACAGCCACCCAUCUCUCCGACUUCGGAUCGCUCGAGACUCACAUUCGAUCCCAGCCACCAGAAGACCGACACGAUGGCGAGCACCUUGACCCCGACGCGGAAGGUGCCGAUGAUGGCGCCGAGCUGGAUAGUCUCGACGACGGCUUACACGCCUUCCACCAUCAUCCCUUCUCCGCCCCGUCCAACAACCUCGACGUCAGCGGAGGCACCGUCCUGCCGACCCACGAUGGGUUUGGAGGCUUCCCCUCAUCCGCAGGCUUGCAGCAGCAUCUCUGGCAGUUCGAGCGGUACAACCCACAACGCUCAAAGCAUGCAGGACUAAGGAGUGAGGUGCAGAAGCAAUUGGAUGCGAUGGAAGAGGAGCGAGAAUACGAUGUCGAAGACGACCGAACAGCACGCAUUGAGAGGUGGAGACUAGAGCAGAGCCGAGUCGUUCUGGAUGAAAUCGAGAAAGAGACGAGGCGGCGGCGAACGCGAAGAAAUCGGUUGAGCGCGACAGCGUCUCCCUCGGUGGAUCUGAGAUCUAGUAUAAGGGAGAGUGUAGCGGGGGAGACCGCACACAGACACCAAUGUGUGAUCCAAGAAGAGCAAGGUCCUGAGUCGGCGAAAGGCGCAGACCAACAUCCAGAGUCUUUCUGGCAGCGCAUCACUAGGCGCGUCAUUCGCGAUCUCAUCGGACUGGAUGAAACCACACUAUCCGUCAUUUUCGGCGAAUCACUCCCGGAAGAUCCAUCUCCUACCCCGAAACAACCGUCUCCAAUCGCAGCAGCGGUUGCAGCAGAGGCCCGGCGGUCAAGAGUCAGUUUCAACGAUUCAGGCUACAGUUGGGAGGUCAAGCUUCUGGAACACAUCGCACGAGAACUCGGUAUGCUGGUAAAUCAGUUCACCGAGUACGACGGCCGCGCAUUCACAACCUAUCUCCGCGGGCAGUCCGAUUCUCAACUCGCCAGCACCCCCACUCGAGACGGUCCACAGCCACGCCAGCCAUCCCUGCGCCAACGUCGGAAGGCCUCAACGCCCGCCGAACGACAACAGGCCUCUCCCAUCGACCACAUGUUCUCCCCGACACUGCCCAACGAAGGUGUCGACACCUCCCUCUGGGGCAUCGAAGAGGAACCCGAUGACUUCCUCACCCAAGAGACGUCCGCACAACAGCAGCAAGAUCGCGAUUACUGGGAACGCGACGUCGACGUGGCGAUGAUCUUCUCCUACCUCAAACGCCGCUUCGCCUCCCACGUGUCCCCCUCACCCGAACCCGCCGAAGCAGCUGCUCCCCCAGCAUCAUCAUCCCAACAAGGCCCCCUCCCCUCCUCCUGGGCCACCUUCUCCUCCGCCGCCGCCGCCCAACGCCCAACCCCCGAAUCCCUCCGCCGCGCCGAAGCCAUCCGCCGCCAACACCCGCUCAUCUCCCGCGCGACCGAGCGAGCCGCGGCGCAGACUCGAAGGCGCGAGUCGCUGCUCCGCAGACUGCAGAGUCCCGGCGCGAUCGCCACGGCGCAGAAGCGGCCGGGCAGCAGCAGUUGUGCGAGCCAGAGUACCAAGCGCAGUCGCCAUAGUCGCAGUGGGAGUUCGCGGCAUUUUUGGGAUUUGGGAGGGAGUUUGGAGAGUGUGGGGAGUGGAGGCGCGCCUGGGGGGUGGGGAGAGGUGUGAGAUUGAGAGACAGCAAGAGUGUAAGAUUUUGGAUCCAGUCCUCAGGGCUUUCCCUUUGUUGAGGCAUAUCAUUGAGCCACUUGGGAUGAACGACACGACUCGACUACAUAGGUAUAUUUC